AUGAUGGUGGGAGCGAUGUCGGCGACGCGACAAUGGUUGCGGUAGUCGGCUCUUCUCCGGCGUGUUCACGGUAUUGCCUCGGUUUGUUUGUUGCUGUGGAGUCGAAGUUGCGGUGGCGGGGCCCUGUGGUGUACGAUGACUGACUGCAGGUGGUCUGUUCGGCGAUCUUCCAUGGCGCCAGCCGUGCUUGGUUUUGUUCUUCUGAGUUCUCCGUCAGAGUCGGAGCUGCGUUUGUCUGGCCGUAGGUCGACAUGUCGUCAAAUAGGGUGGACUUUGCCCUGUGUGUUUCAGUCUUUGGGUGUGGGCUUGGCCCUUGUUGUUCCGGUUUUCCGUAAUUAACUGGGCAAUUCUCUUCUGCUUAAUUAAUAGAUGAGGCAAUCUUUGCCUCCGUUUCGAAAAAAUAUAUUAAUGCGUACUGAUUCUGUUAUCAAGGAUUCAAAUAUUUCUGAAAAUAAGUAAAUAGAAAAUCCAUCUCACCAUUAUAGCAAGUACACAUGUUAGUUCUUGCUCUCUUUCAAAAAUAUGUGUCAUUUAUAGAGGAGCAAGAGCAUGUCGUAAUUUGUGCUCAUGUAUGGAAAUUAGGCUAUAUCUUUGAUUAUUUUCUAAUAAUUUUUAGGUAAAUCUAAAUUUCUUAAUCAAAUACUGAAAAUAUUUUGAAUAGCAAACCAUAAAACCAAGCCACGAUCCCUUAAUGUCAGGUUCAUCUCGACGAGGGCUUCAUCAGAUACAUCUCACUUGCUUAUCCUAGCAACCUUUUGCCCCUGGAAUUAUGCUUUUUGUUAUCUCUUGAGUUACUUGUUUUCUCCAACUCUUGCCAUAACUGUUUAAUGGUAAAUGUAUGCAAAAGGGGAAAAAAAUGUUAUUUAUAUCUCAUGGGCGUAAACCCCGUGGCCUGAUGAGCGACAUGACUGACCAUGGCCUGGCGCAAAUGCCAUGAAUCACACAUAGCGAACGAUGCGUAGUACUCGUCCAAGUUGCCGCUUUUUUCCAACCCCCCUCGAACUGGAGUAUUUUGAUCCGGCGUGGGCCAGAGUAAUAUGUUAUUUUUUUUGUUCCUCCGCUUCUAUUUUUGUUUCUCUUUUCGUCUUCCUUUUUCCUACAUUUUUCAAAUAACACGAAGCAUUUUUUAGGAAACACAAAAUUAGUUACAUGAAUAUUUUCCCUAAAAUACACAAACAUUUUAUAUUUUAUAACCUAUGAAUUAUUAUUGUAUAUAUUGUUCAAAAUUAGUUUUUAGUUCUACAUACGUAAAAAUAAAAAACAAGGAUUAUCUAUUUAGUGGGCCGCAUUUAAGCUAGCCCAUUAGCUUAAAAACGACCUUAAAAAUAGGGGUAUCCUAUUAUAUUUAAGUAAUGGAAAACGAUCUUGUGUGUUCUAUAUGAUACCGUGAUGGGGAAUUAUAAAAAAUCAGGUAGGGCAUCCUAUAUUUGAGUGUAACAUUUUAGUAUGGCAAACUGGUCCUCCGAGCAAGUUUUCUUUUCCAUUAUACUGCCUUUUCUCCUAUCCCAGUGAAAGUCCUAAAAGUGCCCUAACAGUAUCUCAAAUGCUGGUACUAUUACAUAGUUACUAUAGAAGCUAUAUAUACUGCUAAGUGAAUGACUGGCCAUGAUUGUGUUUUUUUUUCUUGACAGUUAGGAUCAAUAGCAUGGAUGCUGUAGUAGCAUUCAGACAUGAUUCUAUUGCUCAUAGAGGCCAUAUUUGUGUCUCUGAGAAAGCUUGUUUGCUUAUCAAAUAGGAGUACAUAUUCUGCUAUUGUGAGUUUGCACAUUAAAAUACAUCGGAAGGAUAAAUAUCAGACAAAUGAGCAUGAAAGUUGGCCUCCUCAAAUUAUUGCUCUUUAGCUCUCCCUAUUAAAGAUCAAAGUAUCCACUUCACUAAUUUAAUAUGAUUUUGCAGGUACUUAUUCUUCUCCAAGAAGGGUUACCAGGGGAGGAGGGGCAUACAGAGGCAGGGCACAAAUGGACACGCAAAUGUAUAGAGGUUGAUUUUUCUGUAGAGUUUGUGAACUAGGACUGCACAGGACUGUACGGGCAGGUACUUAUUCUUCUCCAAGAAGGGUUACCAGGGGAGGAGGGGCAUACAGAGGCAGGGCACAAAUGGACACGCAAAUGUAUAGAGGUUGAUUUUUCUGCAGAGUUUGUGAACUAGGACUGCACAGGACUGUACGGGCAGGUACUUAUUCUUCUCCAAGAAGGGGGGUUACCAGGGGAGGAGGGGCAUACAGAGGCAGGGCACAAAUGGACAUGCAAAUGUAUAGAGGUCACGCCGUCGUGGCUGCACUGGUUCUCCUUACCACCGUCACUGCAGCAAGCCCAACUGGCUACUGGGGUUACCUCUGUGAUGGUGGGAACUACAGUGCGCCCAGCAAGUACCAGCAGAACCUUGAACAGCUCUCCGCCACGCUGCCUGAAGCAGUCGCCUCCUCCCCCUCUUUGUUCCACACGCAGGCAGUUGGCUCCAGCCAAGAUAGAGCAUAUGCUCUGGCAAGAUGCCGCGGCGACACAGAGGCCGACGACUGCAAGAGGUGCCUUACACAGGCCUUCAAGGAUGUCCGGGCUGUUUGCACGUUCAGGAAGGGUAUUUCCAUCUACUACGACACGUGCAGCCUCUGGUUCGCUGAGAAGAUCAAAAUUCAUCUUGGAGAUUUGCAGUCAGUUCUUAGGGCGGAUGGUCCCCCUAUACCUACCCAAUGCAAGGCCUUCCAGAACGAUGCCAGUACACUUAUCGCAGAUGUGGCGAGGAAGGCAUCAUAUUCUUCUCAAAGACAUGCCACGGGAGAAAAGGGUCGUGAUGAGCGUGCCUGCAACUACACACUAUACACUCUUGCUGACUGUCUACCUGGAAUUUCAGCUGCUCAGUGUCAGGUCUGUUUGGAAGAUCUAACCUCUACACCAGGCCUGAGUGGUGGGCAAAUGGGUGAGCGAAAGGCUACCCUAUUGUGCAGUUACCGUUUGGAGCCUUAUCAGUUCUUCAGGGAUACAAAAGGAGGACACACGAACAAGACUCUUUGGAUCGUGGUGGUCAUAGCCGGAGGCGCAGUGCUACUGGCAAUCGCCUUGCUACUUUGGUGGUGGUUUCUGGCUAAACAUCCUUCUGCGAUAGAUUCCUUCAACAAAAUCACAACCAACUGGCAGGGCAAGACGAUAGCCCUCUUCUUGGACUACGACGGAACCCUAGCGCCAAAAGUAGAUAAUCCUGACGAGGCAUACAUGUCCAGUGAGAUGCGCGAAGUUGUUCAAGAACUUGCCUCCUUGUGCGCCACUUCAGUCGUCAGUGGAAGGGCCCGCGAUAAGGCGGAAAAUUUCGUAAUGAUCGAAAACCUGCACUAUGCAGGGAACCACGGAGCAGAAAUCAAACUCAUUAACGAAACAGAAGCAUACGAACCUGCCCGCGAGUACGUGCCUGUUAUAAAUCAGGCAAGAGAGCGUUUGGAGGAGGCUAUCAAAGAAAUAAAGGGUGCAAGCAUUGAACAUAAGAAAUUCGGGAUUUCCGUGCACUACCGGUGUGUUGAGAAGGAGGAACGGGAACUGGUUAAGAAGCUUGCCAAGCAAACCAUUAAAGGUUUCUCUGAGCUCACAGUAACUAAGGGUGACAAGGUUGUUGAAGUUCGUCCUAAGGCUGAAUUCAACAAGGGGUUUGCAGUCAAGUAUAUACUCGAGCAGCUAGCCCGCAAAAACAAUUGGGACAGUUCUCAGGUGGUCGCUAUCUUUAUUGGUGACGAUAAGACAGAUGAAGAUGCAUUCAAGGUGCUUCGUAAACGAGUUGGCGGACUGGGGAUCCUUGUCAACAAGAAACGCAAGUGGACCAAAGCCUCGUAUUCCCUUGAAGACCCGGUUCAGGUGCAAAAAUUUCUUCAGAUGCUCGUGAACUGGAAGAAGAAGGCAGAGGCUGAAGUUUGAGCGUAGCUUUGAUACAUGUCAUUCGGUUGUUAACUUGUUAUAUAAAACUUCUGAAUAACAAGUACUAGUUUAUGUUCCAAGCAAGUUGGGUCGAGGCUAGAGAUGCAACCCAACAGAAAACCGUGAGAACCUAAACGAGAAGCGAGAAAGUACUAGUAAAUAAAAUAAAGCCCUUUUGUGUGGCAAGUUACUUAUCCGUCCGAUAUC